CGUUUUUUCCUUUCUGCGAAGAGAUGGCUCGGACGAAGCAGACGGCUCGGAAGUCAACGGGCGGCAAAGCGCCCCGCAAGCAGCUGGCGACCAAGGCUGCCCGGAAGAGCGCGCCGGCUACGGGCGGCGUGAAGAAGCCUCACCGCUACCGCCCGGGCACCGUGGCCCUGCGGGAGAUCCGCCGCUACCAGAAGUCCACCGAGCUGCUGAUCCGCAAGCUGCCCUUCCAGCGGCUGGUGCGUGAAAUCGCCCAAGACUUCAAGACCGACUUGCGCUUCCAGAGCUCGGCCGUGAUGGCGCUGCAGGAGGCGAGCGAAGCGUACCUGGUGGGGCUGUUCGAGGACACGAACCUGUGCGCGAUUCACGCCAAGAGGGUGACCAUCAUGCCGAAGGACAUUCAGCUGGCGCGGCGCAUCCGCGGGGAGAGAGCUUAAGCCCAGCCGCCCUCCAGUCUCUUCGGCCUCUUUCGAAAAACACCACCAAACCCAAAGGCUCUUUUAAGAGCCGCCACCUUCGUCUCGAAAGGAGCUGAAAGUCUCUUUAAUUCGAGUUUUAAGUGCUUUGAAAACUGAAAGCGGUCAGCCAUCUUAUGCAUGCAUACUUACUCUAAUCCUCUUUACUAAAUUAUCAUAGUUUAAUGGAAUGGUUAAAGCCAGUUACGACGGCCAGUUCUAAUCCAGGCUAGGCACGAAGGUAAGUGGGAGCCAUUGGGCCAAUCGGCCUUGGCAGAUAGCCAAAGGCAAGCCGUUUAUGGAAAAGUUAAUAGAAUUAGGGCAUUUUAGGAGGGAACAUUGAUGCGCAUGCGCACACGGUAGCGACCACGGUACUCCUGGAACGGUUCAAAUAGGGUUGAGUUUGUAGAAGGCGCUGUUGUAGGCUAUUUUAGGUUUAAUUCCGAGUGGCAGAAUCUAUUUGGGAAGCGAAUGUAUUUAAAUUUAAAACUGGAUAGGCAUCUUUUAUUUCUCAAAUUCUGAAACUUCCCGACAGGAAUAUGUUGAAAUAAAAAUUCAAUACCUCAGUUUGUUUUUUGAUUUAUAAUAAACGAGUGUUUCAUUUCCUGCUUAAUUUCUUCUGGAUUUAGGCAAAAGGUAUCUACAACAAAUAGAAACUACCUUGCUGGAUUACAGGUCAGUGACUAAUAAAAUGAACUGAGAACAA